AUUUGUUUUUAACCAAUGGGAAAAAUUGUAUGAAAUAUUGCUGAAUGAAUGUUGUUGUCAAUAUGGCGUCCCUGGUUGCUGAUUACUCUGAUUCUGACAGUGAAAGUGAAGAAGCAAACGCAAUUUUCAAAAGUGAAGCAGACCAAGAAGAAAUAAAAGUAAAAGAGGAACAUCAGUCUGUUUCUGAACAAAAACCUGUUAAUUUUUUUGAUGCUGAAGAAUGUGAAAGUGAUGAAGAGAGUCAAGUCACAGUAAAAAAAGAACCAGUUGACAAAGUACCCAAUUUAGUGUCCACAAAAAAACUGCCUAGCCUUAUCGAAGCAGUUAAUUCAAGGAUAGGCACUUCAGUUUUCAAGAACCCGUUCCAAGAGGCUGAACAGGCAAAAAACCAAAUCCUUGAAAGGCAUGUUAAACUAACCCAGGCUGCGCCCAGAAAGCCUGCGCACCAGCCAGUAUGCUGGAAAUUUAAAAAAGGGAAGUGCCACAUGGGAAAAAAUUGCAGAUUCUUCCAUGAUCCAGAAAUCAGGACUAUACCAGACAGCGACCACUCUCCAUCAGAUACACAAAACAGCACUUCCCACACUAUUUCUGUGUAUCACCCUUCUGCUUUUGCUUUGUCUGACAGUAAAAGAUCAGCAGUAGAGGAAGAAGAUGAUGACAGCUAUAUGGGGAGUAUGAAAAAGAAAAGGAGAUAUGGUGUCACAGACAAUAUGUUACCUCCUAAGAAAGCUUUGGAGUCAUUACAGCGUCAGAGAGAAAAAGAGCGCCCAUGGACAUUGACAAAUGCAAACUCACAGUGAUAUUUCCUCAUUAACAGAUUUUUAACAAUCUAUUUAGCUUUUAUUGUUUUGAUCUACCUAACCAGGAUAGAUAAGAAGAACAAUUUAAUCUCAUUAAGAAUUGAAUAAUGUUUUAGAACAUUAAUUAAUAUACAUAAAAAUGUUUGUACAUUUUAGAAAUUAAAUAUAAUGUUGAUUUUUUAUUUUAUCUGUGUAAACAAUGGUCAUGAAUUUUUAUAGAAAACACUAGAACCCUAUUUAAAUUAUAAUUUUAACUUAUUUUAAUUGAAAAACAUUUUUUCAUUUUUUUUUGGGAACAUUUUUAGCAUUUUUUAAAUCCAUAUUUUUAUUGGCUUUUCUUUUAAAUUCAAAGGCUAGUGUACUUGUAUUCAUUUUCUUCUUUGAGCCAUCAAUUAGCUGUUGAGCUGUAGACUCUUGCACUAUGUGCAAUGGAAAAGUAGCCUACUGGUUUUUUUUUUUCAAUUGUUCUAUAGUACUCUGCAGGGUAGUUGGUUGUUGAGGAGUCAAUCUGGUUUGAAAUUUUGGUUUGGUAUCUAUGAUUCUUAUCUUUUUACCAAAGUUUGAAACAAAUCUGAAAUCAUUUUAAUUCCAAGACAUUUUUCUUCGUGGAAUUUGCUUAUGUUUCCUUACAUGCAAUAUGCAUACAAUAUAUCUUGAACAAUUUAAGUAGAACAUUGGGGUACAACAUAGAAGGUAUGCAAUGCCAUCUCAUAUGAACAUGUAUGACUAAGUUCUGUAUAUUAUUUUCUUUGAAAUGUCUUAGCUCAUUUAUCUUGAAUGUAACUUGUCAAAAACUGCACCAGGCAAUUCUUGCAAACUGAACUACAAUUUAUACACAUGUGCUACCAUGGUGUUAGCAAAUUAGAUAGCUGGUGGAGAACAUGACCUACUUUAGUAACUACACUUUAAUGAGAGCAAAAGAGGGAAGCUCGUGUUCAGCUGUGCCUAUAAUUCAUUGUUCAAGUUACUGUUGAUUGUUCAACCUAACAUUAUCUAGCUGUGUGUUAGUUUUGUGUCAAACCUUUUUCUCUCCUAAUGGAAGUCUGUACAGAACUGCCCUAUUAACAUGGAUUACAAGUGUUAGUGUAUAUUCUGUAGCCACAUUGCAAAACUUCGUGAUUACAGAACUGCCCUAUUAACAUGGAUUACAAGUGUUAGUGUAUAUUCUGUUACCACAUUGCAAAACUUCGUGAUUAAUUGGGUUGCUAAUAGAGUUCUUUUUUUUUAAUUAGUAAUUAAAGAGAAACUAAAAUCGAAUAGUAAAUUACUUAAAAUGAUAAAUAGAAAUACUUGUUAACAUUCAUUUAAAAUAGUCAUUGUGAAAUGCAUAGUAGCAACAAUCAACUGUUGUUUUUUUUUUUGUUUUUUUUUGUUUUUUUUUGGGGGGGGGGGGUUAUAAGUGCAUUAUUCAUUGUCAUUGAAACUUGUUUAUAAUGAGUUGAAAAAAUGUUCAAAUGUCUUCAUUUUUUUGUCAAGUUUGCUUGAAUAGAUUAUCAAAUAAAAUGUCACAUGUUUCUAUUGGCAUUAUUCAUGGUAAAGCAGUUCAACUGAGUUCAGUUGAGUUUUGUUUUUACCUCAAUCAUUUUUGUAAAGAUUUCAAUCUUUUAAAUCUAGCAAGAUUUUAAAUAUAGCAAACUUUUAAAUCUACUAUAUUUUCUUAUUACAUUUAAUUUGCAAUUGAAUCAAGUAAAACUACUUUUUUUUUUUAAGGAACAUGACAAAAAGGCAAUAAACAUUUCACAAUUUUAUUUUUCCUUAUGCUUAUAAUCACAUUUUUUUAUUGCAUUUUAUUAAGAUUUUUAAUAACAUUGAAUAGAAAAAUGUUUGUUAUCUUUUGUCUUAUCAAAAUGUUUAUUUAAGAUAGUAACAUAAGUGAAUAUUCAUUUAAAACUAAUCCAAGUUGGCUACCAGUAUCAUGGGAACAGUUUUUGUUUCAAAAUUUGAUUUUUUGAAUGACACUAUCAUUUCCAAUUUAAAUGUGCAAUUGAAAGAUGUGUUCAUACCCAAGUUAAAAGUACAUUGAAAGAUGUGUUCAUACCCAAGUUAAAAGUACAUUGAAAGAUGUGUUCAUACCCAAGUUAAAAGUACCUGAGCUUCCCAGCCCUACCCCCUUCCUCAUUUAUCUGCAUUCGUGAAUGUAUUUCAAUUCUGUUUGUAAGUUUUUGAGGGAAGUAAUUUUGAAGAUUUUACUUAGGAUUUAAAUUUAUUAAAUUUUUAACAAGGUUUUAAAUUUCUCUUUUGAAUAAGAAACCAAAUAAACAAAAGGGGAGAAUAGUUUUAUCUGAUUUUUUUUAUUUUAUUUUUUUACUAAGGCAGUGUAAUAUGUGCACAAUUAGUCUUUCUUUUAUUGAAACAUUUCAAGAUGAAAAUGACCAGGGUCUGUGAGAUCAAUACUGAAAACUAAUGCCCCCUUCCUCAUUUACAUCAUUGGCAAUUAAUGUAAUAUUAGUGAUGAAAUGAUAACUAGGCAGGUUGUAAGUUGUAUGUGAAUGUAAUGUUAAUGCUCCAACAUGUUAAACAUUGACUGAUAAAUAAAUGUUUUGGUUUAGUUUUGUUUUUAUCUUCUCUUACAUUGUACUUACAUAUUAUUUUAGUUGAGCUACAGCUAUAGAGUUUUCUCCCUUCAUUUAAAUUUAAUGUGUAUAACCUUCAUGAUUUAUUAAAUGUAACUGCACAAUUGAG